CCAGCGUGCGCCCACUGCUUUCCUGGUGUCCGUCGCAGUUGGGUCUCGAGGGGUCCCGAGAAGAGGAGCUGUUUCCGUUUCUCUUCUUCCGGAGUAAUCUUUUGGAACUUCUAAUUGCUCUUCUAUAGCCGGUGGUGGAGACACGAACAUGGCGGGGAACCCCUUAGAGCCCUUCUUCCAAGCAUGCGAAUCCAUCUCCCACUGCGUUCAAACCCACCUCUCCCGCCUUUUCCUCCCGCCGCAAGCCGACUCCCGCCACCCCCACUCGCUCUUCAAGGAGACAAGCCUACCUCUCUUCUCCGUCUUCUCCAAGCCUCCCUCCACGACGGACGAUGGAAGCGCGCCUUUUCGACGUAAAAAGGAGGCCAAAGCUGCGGGGCCUUUGACCAAGGAGGAGCUCGGGAGGGCGACUUGGACUCUGCUGCACGCCAUCGCUGCCCAGUACCCAGAUCAACCAACAAGGCAGCAGAAGCAUGAUGUAAAGGAAUUGAUGGCUAUCUUAUCUCGACUUUAUCCUUGUAAAGAAUGUGCAGACCAUAUUAAGGAAGUACUGAAGGCGAAUCCUAUACAGGCAGGUUCACAAGAUGAGUUUUCUCAGUGGCUAUGUCAUAUACACAAUGUUGUAAACCGCAGCCUGGGAAAAUUGAUUUUUCCUUGUAAUAGAGUAAAUGCAAGAUGGGGUAAAUUGGACUGCAUCGAUCAUAAUUGUGAUCUUCAGGGAAGUUCGGACUUGACCAACCAACAAAGAUGACUUUGGAUUCUUUUCACAGUAGAAAUGCAUAUGGUGCCUCUCACAGUUCGCUUCUUGUAUGGUGGCAGAAGCUUGGUUGGUCGGAGAAGAGCUCAACUAGAUUGUGGAUCAACUUAUUAUUAUUAUAAUUGUAAUUGAAUCUAAUUCUGCUAUCAUUUGUUGCUAUGUUGAGCAGGGUAUGUAUACUGCGACUUGAGCUCUUUAGAAAUAUUGCUUUGGGCCA